UGUGUGAAUUGUGAAUUGUGAUAGUCGAUGGACGGUGAUGGACCAUAGUAACAAUUGAGAAUUGAUAAAUCUGAAUUUAUAUUUAUUGAAUACUUAGCAUUAUUUCCUAUUUAUUUUAAUCAGCAAGAAACGUUUGUAGAACAUUUUUGUACCUAGUGUAUUUAACUUUAUAAAGAUGAAUACAGUGUAUUCUAAUCCUGAGAAUUUACCUGUUGAGAACGUUACGGUUUCUGUUGCAAACGACGGUGUAGUUCAGAUAAUAAAAGCUUUGGACCCAUACUGGGUUGAAAAAAAAAAUCUAAUACUAUAUGAGAAGCCGCCAACAAGGAGUGGGAUGAUUAUAGGAGCACUGGACUCAUGGAGAUCGAAAAUGUCACUGUAUCUAGACAACUUAAAAUGGCUGCUAAGUUUAGAACACCAUAGAUUUUGGAGCACAGUUCUCUAUCACCCUCAAUGUAUGGAUUCUCUUAUUUCAUUCCUUCAAGAAUCCUCUCCGCCAUACAUUCCACCACAUGAAUGUAAAGAAAUUCAAAACUUAUAUGAAGAAAUCAGAAGGCUAGUUUUUGUUGCAUUUAGUAGACUGAUUACGAAUAAGGAGAGUAAGACACAAUGGAUGACCAAGGAACAUAUGGCAAGUUUAAUAUAUGACAAUUUUAUAUUUACAAUACCGGUAUUAUGGGAUAUAUGUUUAACAUAUGGUGUAGACAAUAGCCGACAUGUCUCAAGGCUUGUAGAGGCUGUAUAUACACUGCAGCCUAGGUACGAAGGGGAUACUGCACAGGCACUAGUUUUUGUACAUGAGGCCUUCAAGUACAUAAUUUUACAAGUAAAUAAAGACUAUGAUUGUGAGGAUCCACCAAAUUUACCGGAAACUUUUAAAGGUUUUGGGGAAAUAAGACGACCUACAAAUUCCAAAGGACAAGAGAAGCUCACAUUUGACGCACUUCGAGAUCUGGUUGUCCAUAUGCUUGAUUCUGCCAUGACCUUAAAAAUAUUUGUAGAAGUCUACUCAAAGGGUGUGCAUAUAUUGAAGAGUACAAAUUUUAUUUUAAGUAUAGUUCAAGUGUACGAGUAUGGAAUACCACAUCUAUAUGAGAAGUUAGAGGAAGUUGGUGACCCUACACGUGUUAGUUACACAGAGGUCGAAGAGUUCAUUGACCUCACCAGAUCAGAACUCAUUGAUAUAUUCAGAGAGGUGCUGGCUGUAUACAAGAAUGCUAUUUUUAGUGGAGAAGGCAAUAUAUCGAACAAUGUUGAAGCUUAUCUGUCUGUCAUGAUGGACGCGCUGUCUGAACGCCUUCUAAUAAAGGACUACCAUUUGUGCCACCCGGUACAUGAAGAUAUUGAUAUGCUGCGACAGGCUUAUCCUGCUAUUGAUCCAGUAAAAACAGAUUUUAUAUUACAAGCGAUAUACUCCAACCUGGAUGAAGAAAUACCGGAACGUGACCAAAGACAAAGUGAGCAUAGAGAAUUAAACGGCCAUCUUGAAACCAUAGAUAUGCCGUCAUCUUCCAAAGACAUUGACAUACCAGAUAACGUCAGAGAGCAAUCUUUAAUCAGUGAGGUUAAGGACAUAUUGCCGCAUCUUGGAGAUGGAUUUGUUUUGAAAUGUCUGGAAUAUUACGAAUUUCAGGUUGAUAGGGUUGUAAAUAGUGUUUUAGAGGAUACGUUGGCAGAACCAUUAAGAAAAUUGGACAAAGACCUACCAAUAAUCCCAGAAGAUCCAGUAGACAGAAAGUUCCUGGAAACAGGAGUGGAAAGACUUAAUGUGUUUGAUGGAGACCAGUUUGAUAUAAUGACCCGUGAUGAUGUGGACCUGAGCAAGAUUCAUAUUGGGAAGAGGAAAUCGAAGUACAAAGACCUUAAGGAUAUGUUGAAUGACAAGACGGACGUGAAGACCAGGGUUGAUAUAUAUAGCAAAUAUAAUCUGGUAUGUGACGAAGAAGCACUAUACUCCGAUGAGUAUGACGACACAUAUGACUCAGAUGGCAUAGCCCCAGCUAAAGAUAUUAUGACAGAUGACAGUAGGAGACCAUUUGUGACCCCACGUGCUUUGCUCAACACCAAAAAGGAUGUUGAUGAAUACGAUGAAUCGGAGAGUGAAGACGAGAAACCAAGUCAGGAGAAGAGCGAUAGAAGAGAUUUCUGUGUCAACCCGGAAGAGAUGAGAGCUAGGCGAGAGGCUAACAAUGCUAGGGGAAGAAGAAAACCCGCACCUGCCAGAAACAUUGACGUCGCAGGCGCUCCUAAAGGUCAAGGGCAGACGAAAGAUGUCCUCAACAAUAGAGAUCGGAAAGAGAAGCACAAAUCUUCGAGAGCUAACCAUAAUAGAAGACAAGGAGCGCAAUGGAAACGGAGUCAGGGCAUGAUGCCAUCAUAGUAUUUAACCGCAAAAUACCCGCAAAGAAAAACUCGCUUAGAUAGAACGAGAUAACAAAAAGUUUCCAUAUCUUAACACUUUAGUCUCAGCGACAUACAGUUAUGCUCCCUAUAACACGGACCGCGUUGUAGGAGUAUUCUCGUAAAACAAUUCAAAAACUAGGAACACGAAUUUAAUUUAAUAACACGAAUAAACCAAACGACUUGAGAAAUUAUUAUAAAUUUCACACUACAGAAAUAUGACUUGAGAAAUCUCCGCGUUAUAGGGGGAAAAUAGCACGUUAUUUGGGUUCGCAUAUAGGGGUACCGCGUUAUAGUAUUGGUUUUCGUGUAGACAUAGGUCUAUUUUUAUCUUACAAUUGUUAUUAUAUGAAGUUUUUUAAAUAAAUUUGCUUCCAGUUUUUAGACUCCAGUUAUUCUACUAACAUGAUAAUACUCCAUAUAUAUGUAGUCUUUAUUGGUACUAAAUAUAGCGGUUAAAACCCGCAGUUAUUGUAACCUGCGGUUUUGUAUUGUCUGGAAACUACCAAACAUAAUGUAAUGUUGGUUCCUAUAUUCUCUCCUUGUAACAUUAUUACGUAAAGAAUUUCCUAAUUAUUUCUUAUAUGUUAAGGCAUCUUCAAAAUCCAAUACAUUUUUGAACCAUUUAGCCCUAAAUUGUUUUUAAAUAUAGCUAGGUUUUUCUUUUCGUUUGUGAAUUAUAACUUAUUAAAGUGUGAAUUAUUAAAAUUUUACAUACUUUUA